AUGGAGAUGAUCAAGGUGGGACCUUACGGUGGGCAGGAACAGGGCGCACCCUGGGAUGAGAAAGGCGAAAGCAGACUAACCCAGAUCUUCAUAACCUAUGACAGUUCAUGGAUAAGGUCCAUACAGACUUCAUACAUUGUGGGUGAGACGUCUCAACUAUCCAAAAAACAUGGCGGAAAUGGAGUAAUAUUCAGAACGAUUGACUUGGAUUGUCCCUCUGAGUUUAUUAAGGGUAUUAGUGGUUAUUACAGCAAUUACAACGAAACUGGUUAUGCAUUGAAAUCUUUGACAUUCGAAACCAACAAAAGAAAGAUUGGACCUUUUGGGGAAGAGAAAGGCACGCUCUUCAGCAUUCAGAAUGGAGACAAACAAUGUUUUGGUGGAUUUCAUGGCAGUUCGGACUCUUCCUAUCUCUACUCAAUUGGAGUUUAUUUGAAGCCUACCGUUUAUCUACCAUUGGAAGAAUAUUGUGAUAUGCUUUUAUCUGAAGAAGAUAUAUAUUGA